CUCAAGGAUCGUGUGCUUUACGAAGAUGUCUCCACUCUGGAUCGUGUUAUUUCUUCAAAUGUUUCCAGCCCACGCUGAGGAUUUUAACCGAACGUCGUUUGUCUUGGUGAAGUCUGGAGGACGUGUGACUCUGAACUGCACGUUUCGAGAAAAAGUCAGUAAAGAACUUAUAGUUUGGUACAAGCAACAAUUUGGUCAGAUGCCUGAGGAAGUGGGGAAAACAUCAUCAGUGAUAGACACCCAAACUUCACCUGAGUUCAGCUCAAGAUUUAAAGUAGAUGAAAUCGUGAAUGGAAUUUCUUUAACAAUUCUACAAACAAAGAAAACUGAUGAAGGAUUGUAUUUCUGUGGAUUGUUCAACUGGGGCAAUUUUAGAUUUUCUAAUGGAACAUUUGUAGCUGUGACAGAUGACAGAGAUGUAAAAGUGAGUGUGUGGCAGCGCGGCGUGUCGGACUCGGUUCCUGCAGGAGCCUCAGUGACUCUGCAGUGCUCGGUUCUCUCUGAGAGCAGAGCAGCAGAACUCCAAGUGCUCUGGUUCAGAGCUGCUCCACCACAAUCCCAUCCUCAAAUCAUUUACACUCAUCACGACAGCAGCCGUCAGUGUGAGAGCGACUCUUCUACACACACCUGUGUGUACAACUUCUCCAAGAACAUCGUCAGCCUCAAUGAUACUGGAACUUACUACUGCGCUGUGCUCCUGUGUGGGAAGAUCGUCUUCGGGGACGGGACACGAAUACAGAUGGAUGUGAAGACUCUCACUGAGCAACAUUUCAAGGGUUCUGAUGCUGUAGUGAUCUGCAUGGCUGUAGCGUUAACAGUGUGUGUGGUGGUGAUUUUUGCUCAACUGAUUUUAAAGUGUAAAAAACAAAAGAAUGAAAAACACAGAGUGAGACUUCCACGAGGUUUACUGAAGGAGGAAAGACACAAUGAGGGCCGUGAUGCCGAGGAGCUGAAUUACGCUGCCCUGAAUUUCACCAAGAGGAAAACUAAAAAAGGAAGAAUAAAAAAAGGACAAAAUCAAGACACGGUUUAUUCUGAAGUGAUAAAAUUGCCUCGUAAUUAGAUUUUCUAAAUUAAUUGUAAUUUUUCUAAAUAAAAGAUGUCAGUCUGUUCAUUGUCAUUGUUUAAGCAUGUUAAUGCCAUAUCAUUGUUAAUGCAUUGUAAUCAUUAAUAUUAAUCAUAACAGUGUGUAGUAAUUAAUAUUAGUAAUUAUAUUUAAAUCAUUGUAUGUAACAUUCAGAUAAUUAUAAUAAGUUUCUUGCUCUCCAUAAACAUGAUAUAAUAGAAAAUACAAAAAUGUAUCGUCUGUUGUACACAUUGGAGUGCAACUAUAUAUGACAUGUGACUAUAUAAAGUAUAAACACCCAAUAAAGUGUAUAUAAACUA